AUGCGAACUGCAGAGAGUUUCACGGGUCGGCUGAACCCGGGCCAACCUGAAAAUGGUGACGCCUCCGAAAAGAGACUAGUGACUAGUGGCGCAGUCGGCAUUUGCAAGGUCUUACGACUGGAGCCGGGCAACGAAGCGGCACGCCGGGAGUUGGAGAAGCUGGAGGAAGUGUUGCCACCAGUGGCCCCUGAUGUCUUAGCAAAGACGGGCGGGGCCGUGGGGAGGCAAGAAGAUCUGCCCACGGCCACCGUGCCCAAAGAUCCCGCUGCAGCGGUCAGGAUGGCUCAGAAAGAAGCGGAGAAAUUCCGACGCGAGAUCCUGGCCGUGGCCGACCAGAAGGUCAUGGCGGCUGAUUGGGCCAAGCAUCAGUUGAAAGACCCUGAGAUUCUUCAGGAUCUGCUGACCCUGCGGGGUCCUCUCUUCGAAGCCAUGGACGCGCAGCAGCGGGAGGACGAGAAAGACUUCCUUUGCGCCUACGACUUUGUCCAGGAGGUGAGACAAAGACAUCAAGACGAGAUCGCCCCUUGGGGCACAACGAUCGGCCUUGGGGCCAGUCAUUUUCAUCUGGGUAUUUCCACCACAAGGUACGACUUGUUCAGCUCACCAGUCUUUGGGGGACCUUUUCCAGAGGAAGGCGUCUGUGUGCAAGAUACUCAGGGUCAGGUGCUCUACUACGAUCGCCAAAGCCUUCAAGACUUGAUGUCGUGCAGAUGGGCCAGCCAUCUGCUGCUCGAAGAUCAUCGGCUGUUGAAGGAACGUCACUUGUGGGCCUUCCCACCCCCGGUGUCGCCCAGCAGACCCUUUGGCUCUGUACCUUCCAGCGAGGAUGUGGGCUGCGCUGAUCUGCUGAGAUCUGGGGACUUCUUGUUCCAACAUGUCUAUGUGGCUUCGGUGGGUCUGGUGGAGGGCGUGGACGUGGGUCUGGGCCUCUUCGUUUGCGCCUUCCUCGCCGCGGGCAGUGUCCUGGGGGAGUACACCGGGGUGCUGUCCCGGCGGCGGACGGAGGAGGAUGGCGUAUAUGGCUACGGGUUGCCAGUGGUGGAACCUGACCUGGUGAUCAAUGCCAAGGAGUUUGGGAACCUUCUCAGGCUAGUCAACCACAGUGAUGAUGCCUUCAAUGCUGAGUUGAUGACGGUCCAGCACGAGGGCCUGCUCCACGUGGUCUGCCGCGUGCUGCGCGAUGUGAUGCCUGGGGAACAGGUGCUGAUCCAUUACGGUCACCGCUACUGGCUCCCGGAGAGCCGACGACACGUGCGGCUGCCAACACAAGCUGCGGAAGGCCGAACCGAAGGCCGAACCGGGCCGCGUGGCCAGGGCUACCAGGGCUACCAGGGCUGA